AUGAAACGCAAUGGGAGCAGAAAUUGUUUGAAUAGGAGAAGUAGGUUUGGUUCUCGAGAAAGAGACUGGCUGAGAGAAGAUGUGAAGAGAGGCUGUGUUUACCUUUAUGGAGCAGACACGACCACUGCCACUACAACCGCCACCUCCUCUGCCUCCUCCUCCUCCGCCUCCUCCUCAUCCUCCGACUUACAUCUUGUCCUUUGCACAGUAGAGACUCCAGCAUCAGAAAUAUGUGCUGGAGAGGGAAGGGAAAGUCUUUAUUUACAGUUGCAUGGAGACCUGGUCAGGAGAUUGGAACCCACCGAACGACCUCUUCAGAUAGUUUAUGAUUACUUAUCCAGGCUGGGCUAUGAUGACCCUGUGCGCAUACAGGAGGAGGCAGCAAAUCCCGACCUCGGCUGCAUGCUUCGCUUUUAUGGUGAGAAACCAUGCCAGAUGGAUCAACUGGAUCGAAUCCUUCUCUCUGGCAUCUAUAAUGUACGCAAGGGGAAGACCCAGCUGCAUAAGUGGGCUGAACGCCUAGUUGUUCUCUGUGGCACCUGCCUCAUCGUUUCCUCAGUGAAGGAUUGUCAAACUGGAAAGAUGCACAUUUUGCCUCUGGUUGGGGGAAAGGUAGAAGAAGUGAAGCGAAGGCAGUACUCCCUUGCAUUCAGCUCAGCUGGAGCCCAGGCUCAGACCUAUCAUGUCAGCUUUGAGACUUUGGCUGAGUACCAGAGAUGGCAACGGCAAGCAUCCAAGGUGGUGUCCCAGCGAAUCAGUACUGUCGACCUCUCAUGUUACAGCCUCGAGGAGGUUCCUGAGCAUCUCUUCUACAGUCAAGAUAUCACCUACCUCAACUUGCGACAUAACUUCAUGCAACUAGAAAGGCCAGGGGGCCUUGACACUCUUUACAAAUUUUCUCAUCUGAAGGGCCUGAACUUGUCCCAUAACAAACUUGGGUUGUUUCCUGUAUUGUUAUGUGAGAUUUCUACCCUGACUGAGCUAAAUCUUUCCUGUAAUGGAUUUCACGACCUGCCAAGUCAGAUUGGCAAUCUCCUAAAUCUUCAAACUCUCUGUCUUGAUGGCAACUUUCUGACUACUUUGCCUGAAGAAUUGGGAAAUCUGCAACAGCUUUCCUCCCUUGGAAUUUCCUUCAACAACUUCAGUCACAUUCCCGAGGUGUAUGAGAGACUCACCAUGUUAGACAAAGUGGUUAUGGCAGGAAAUCAACUGGAAGUCCUAAACCUAGGGGUGCUGAGCAGGAUGAGCCAUAUCAAGCACGUAGACUUGAGGAUGAACCAUUUGAAAACCGUGGUAAUUGAAAAUCUGGAGGGAAAUAAAUACAUCACCCACAUGGACUUGCGGGACAACCAACUGACUGACUUAGAUCUUAGCUCCUUCUGUAGCUUGGAGCAGCUGCAUUGUGAGCGGAACCAGCUGAGGGAGCUGACACUCAGUGGCUUCUCCCUGCGGACUCUCUACGCCAAUUCCAACAGGCUGACAGCAGUGAAUGUCUAUCCAGUACCCAGUCUUCUCACAUCUCUAGAACUUUCCAGAAACCAGCUGGAAUGUGUCCCUGACUGGGCCUGUGAAGCAAAGAAGAUAGAAGUAUUAGAUGUGAGCUAUAAUCUUCUGACAGAGGGUCCUAUGAGAAUUCUUAGCAGCCUGAGUCUUAGGAAACUGAUGGUGGGACACAAUCACGUGCAGACCCUCCCAGUGCUCGUGGAGCACAUCCCUCUGGAGGUGUUGGACAUCCAGCAUAACCUGCUCACCAGGCUGCCGGACACCCUCUUCUCCAAGGCCUUAAACCUCAGGUACUUGAAUGCAUCUGCAAAUAGUCUGGAGUCCUUGCCAUCUGCUUCUGCAGGGGAGGAGAGCCUGAGUGCCCUGCAGCUGCUCUAUCUGACCAACAACCUCCUGACAGAUCAGUGUGUGCCUGUCCUGGUCGGGCACCCACACCUGCGAAUCUUGCAUCUUGCAAACAACCAGCUACAAACUUUUCCCGCAAGCAAACUAAAUAAAUUGGAACAAUUGGAGGAACUGAACCUAAGUGGCAACAAGCUUAAAACCAUUCCCACGACCAUAGCGAACUGCAAAAGGCUGCACACCCUUGUCGCACACUCCAACAACAUCAGCAUUUUCCCAGAAAUACUGCAGUUGCCUCAGAUCCAGUUUGUAGACCUAAGUUGCAAUGACUUGACAGAAAUCCUGAUCCCAGAGGCCUUGCCUGCUACCUUACAGGACCUUGACCUGACUGGAAAUACAAACCUGGUUCUGGAACAUAAGACGCUAGACACAUUUAGCCAUAUCACAACCCUGAAAAUUGAUCAGAAACCUUUGCCAACCACGGAUCCUACAGUUACAUCAACUUUCUGGAGCCAUGGACUGGCUGAGAUGGCAGGGCAGAGGAACAAGCUGUGUGUAUCUUCGCUAGCUGUGGAUACCUUUGCGGAGGGCGUGGGAGCGGUAUACGGCAUGUUUGAUGGGGACCGGAAUGAGGAGCUUCCCCGCCUCCUGCAGUGCACGAUGGCGGACGUGCUUCUGGAGGAGGUCCAGCAGUCAUCCAGUGACACCGUUUCCAUGGCUCACACCUUCUUGGUAUCUCACAGGAAAUUAGGGAUGGCUGGUCAGAAGCUGGGCUCCUCUGCUCUUCUUUGUUACAUCCGCCCUGACACUGCCGAUUCAACAAGUAGUUUUAGCUUGACGGUGGCCAACGUGGGCACGUGCCAAGCAGUCCUGUGUCGAGGUGGGAAACCAGUGCCCCUCUCUAAAGUCUUCAGCCUGGAACAGGAUGCGGACGAGGCCCAAAGAGUGAAAGACCAAAAAGCCAUCAUAACAGAGGAUAACAAAGUGAAUGGGGUAACCUGCUGCACCCGGAUGCUGGGCUGUACAUACCUCUACCCUUGGAUCCUCCCCAAGCCCUACAUCUCUUCCACUACACUUACCAUUCAGGAUGAGUUGCUGAUUCUGGGAAACAAAGCAUUGUGGGAACACUUGUCAUAUACAGAAGCUGUCAGUGCAGUGCGUCACGUACAAGACCCAUUAGCAGCUGCCAAGAAGCUGUGCACAUUAGCCCAGAGCUACGGUUGUCAGGACAAUGUGGGGGCAAUAGUGGUUUAUUUGAACAUUGGGGAGGAAGGCUGCACUUGUGAGAUGAAUGGGCUCAGCCUCCCAGGUCCUGUGGGAUUUGCUCCGACCACCACCAUCAAGGACCCUCUCAAGCCAACCACUCCUUCCUCCAGCAGUGGGAUCGCCUCUGAGUUUAGCAGUGAGAUGUCCACGUCAGAGGUGAGCAGUGAGGUGGGAUCCACUGCUUCUGAUGAACAUAACACUGCUGGCCUGGAUGCCAGCUUGCUCCCACGGCCAGAGAGGCGCUGCAGCCUCCAUCCCACCCCCACCUCUGUGGUGUUUCAGCGCCAGCCUUCGUGUGCGACUUUCUCGAGUAACCAGUCUGACAAUGGCCUGGACAGUGACGACGACCAGCCCGUUGAAGGGGUCAUAACCAAUGGCAGCAAAGUAGAAGUGGAAGUGGAUAUCCACUGCUGUCGGGGGAGGGAGAACUCGCCCACGCUCCCAAAGAAUUCUCCCGCCCCACGUCCUGAGGAGCAUGGGAGAGGAUUGUUUUUUGGGAUCCGAAGACAGAACAGUGUGAACAGUGGCAUACUUCUGCCAAUGAGCAAGGACAAGAUGGAGCUACAGAAGUCUCCCUCCACCUCCUGUCUCUAUGGGAAGAAACUCUCCAAUGGCUCGAUUGUACCCCUGGAAGACAGCCUGAACCUCAUUGAAGUGGCCACAGAAGCACCCAAGAAGAAAACGGGCUAUUUUGCUGCCCCCACUCAGCUGGAGCCAGAGGAUCAGUUUGUUGUACCUCGUGACCUGGAAGAAGAAGUGAAGGAGCAAAUGAAGCAACACCAGGAAAGCAGGCCCGAGCCUGAGCUGAUUGAAGAGGAUCGGACCGAGCUCCCUGAGGAGUUUGACACAGCACUGUAAUCCUCCCCAGCAGCUGUGUUAGGGAAGGCUGUGUUGGGUCGGGGUGGGGGGCCCUUCCAGAGGCAUUUUGCCUCUGCAUUUCUAAACUAUAGAUGAGGGGGGUAGAACUUGGAGCCAAAAAUGGUGAGAGCUAUCAGGGUCUUCUCUGGAUAAGCUAGUAAACACCAUCAGUGUUAAGUUUCACAUUUAACCUGCACUGGGAUUCCCAGAGCUACUGGGAAGAAAGCAGAUGUUGCUCUGUAUCAGUCCUGCCACCUGCCAUUAACCCUUUCUCUCCUAGGAUAAUUUUGAGAAUUUGCCUGCCUGGGCAGGAAAGGGACUGUUUCUGUGGAGGAAAAUAACUGAAGAUGAUUCCCUUUACUGAUUGCUGCUGAUGGAUCUCUAUGACAGAGGAAUCACCUUAUAUCUCAACCUAACUGAUGGGAUGUGAUGUGACUAGUCACAUGACUUUUCAUUCUUCUCUACGAGAAUACAGCCUAUCAAAAUGAUGUUUAUUGGAAAUGUAGAACCAAUCAAACAGAUAAUUUAUGUAUGUAAUGUAACGAGAGCACUUUUCA